GUGCUGAGGGCUGGGUGGGCCUGUGUGAGCCGAGGUAGCCUCUGGCUGGGGACCAUCUCUGCUGUGCCUGCACCUCUUGGCCCGGUUCCCCUGUGUUCUGUGACUCCCGCAUCUCCUGGCAGCUUCUCCAUGGUUUGGAGUUGUCCCUGCGGUUGGGGCCAGGGGGCGGAGGGGGGGGUGUCUCUGACAUACAGCCUGGUUGUAGAUUUGAUGAAGAGUCUGACAUCUCUGAUAGUUUGAGGAGACUUACCUGAGCUGUCCUGGGCAGACACUUUAUCGUAGGGCAGGACCACUCGCCAAAUAGCUAUUGGUUGUAAAUUACAUGCUGAGCUCUGUCACAUUCUUGUUGUGACUUAGAGUUGUGACAUCAUCAGACGCUCUUCCCUCUAGUUUCUUAUACAUAGAGAAAAUGGGACCCAUAAUACUGUCCUCACCCAUAUAGUGAAUAAGGCAGUCAUGUCUUAUGUGCUCACUGUAUGUCAAGCACAGGCAUGUACCUUGUCAUCUCAUUUCUCCUGAAAACUGUAGCAGGUAGAGAUUAUUAACUGUAUUUCACAGAUACGGAAGCUGAGCUCACAAUGCUAACAGGUGGGCUGAGCUGGGGCUUCAGUUCAAGUCUCACAGGCUUUAGGGCGUACUUCCCAGGGAGAGAAGAAUCUUGAGUCCUAGCUCCCUGUGAUGUCUUACUUAUGUGGCCAGUAAAGACUUGCCCUGACCCAACACCAUCUCUUUUUCUCUAGGGCUGCUGCCAGUCAGCCCUAGACUAGAGGGGUAACCCAGAGAUUGGUCUUUAACCACUCCGAACUUCCACACAAGACUUAAGUGCAGGGUUUUAGGAUCAGCUUCUAAGACAGCUGAUCCUUCAGUUCAUCAUCCACUCAUUGGGCCUCUGGAGCAAGGUCUCUGACCUCUGUAAUCCCUGUUGCCCCCUCCUAACCCCCCUGAGAACAGCAAGAGGAGCUGUGGUUAAGGCUGGUUCAGCCAGUCCUUGGAGACUAGAACUAUGCAGUGGAGAACACAGCAGACUCUGAAUUCUGUAAUUUGUUUGAGGGUCUGUUUCCUCAUCUGAAGGGUUAUUAAGCUUUCUAAGGAAAGGUAAAAUGACCUUGUGACACCUGCUGGAACAGCAGCUGGAAAGUGUGUGGUAGUUAGGGAAGGCUUUGCUUUCAGAAGGGACAGUGGUGAUCUCUAAGAGUUCUUUGUGGCAUAAGAUGCUCCGAGGCCGUCUCUUUCCUGGAUCCCACAACAGGAAAAGUGUUAGCAAUGGUAGCAGGGAAGAUGCAGGAUGGACACUGGGCUGGGCAUCCCUUAUCCCUGGGGUAUAUGUGGGGUGUGGAUCUUGAAGAGGGCAAAGCAGUUUGCUUCUCUUCCUCUGUUGGGAAUCUGGAUGGGAGUACCUGGCUUGGGCAGGGACACACCCCAAUCUCACCUCUGCAGUGACGCAAUAUGUAUGCCUCUUCUUCCUACAGCUGCUGCCGCUCACCCCGUGUCCUUUGGCCGCUUCCUUCUUUGCUGCCCCUCCUCACAGGCUCCCCCUGUCCUCCUCCUGGGGCCCAUCAUGAAUGGUGCCCCUUCCCCGGAGGAUGGGGCCUUCCCUUCUCCGCCAGCGCUGCCACCACCCCCUCCCCCAAGUUGGCAAGAGUUCUGUGAGUCCCAUGCGAGGGCUGCUGCCCUGGAUCUUGCCCGUCGGUUUCGCCUCUACCUGGCCUCCCACCCACAGUAUGCAGAGCCUGGAGCAGAAGCUGCCUUUUCUGGCCGUUUUGCUGAGCUCUUCCUGCAGCACUUCGAAGCUGAGGUGGCCCGGGCCUCGGGCUCACUCUCCCCACCCGUCUUGGCCCCGUUGAGCCCUGGUGUGGAGACUGCACCACCACAUGACUUGUCCCUUGAAAGCUGUAGGGUGGGUGGUCCCCUGGCUGUGUUGGGCCCAUCUCGAUCUUCUGAGGACCUAGCUGGCCCCCUUCCUUCCUCAGUCUCUUCCUCCUCUACAUCAUCUUCAAAGCCGAAGCUCAAGAAACGCUUUUCCCUCCGUUCAGUGGGUCGCUCAGUUAGAGGUUCUGUACGAGGCAUCCUGCAGUGGCGGGGGGCCGUUGACUCUUCCUCCCCAGCUGGGCCUCUGGAGACCACAUCAGGCCCUCCAGUUCUAGGUGGAAACAGCAACUCCAACUCCUCGGGUGGUGCUGGGACAGUUGGUAGGGGAUUGGCUAGUGAUGGCACAUCCCCUGGGGAGAGAUGGACUCACCGCUUUGAGAGGCUGAGACUGAGUCGUGGAGGGGGAACCUUGAAAGACGGAGCAGGAAUGGUACAGAGAGAAGAGCUGCUGAGUUUCAUGGGGGCUGAAGAGGCUGCCCCUGACCCAGCAGGAGUGGGCCGUGGAGGAGGGGUGGCUGGCCUGACCUCAGGGGGAGGAGGGCAGCCUCAGUGGCAGAAGUGUCGCCUACUGCUCAGGAGUGAAGGAGAAGGAGGAGGAGGAAGUCGCUUGGAGUUCUUUGUACCACCCAAGGCAUCCCGGCCCCGACUCAGCAUUCCCUGCUCUACUAUCACUGAUGUCCGCUCAGCCACGGCCCUAGAGAUGCCUGACAGGGAGAACACGUUUGUGGUUAAGGUAGAAGGCCCUUCAGAGUACAUUUUGGAGACAACAGAUGCACUUCACGUGAAGGCCUGGGUGUCUGACAUCCAGGAGUGCCUAAGCCCAGGACCCUGCCCUGCUAUCAGCCCCCGUCCCAUGACCCUUCCCCUGGCCCCUGGGACCUCCUUCCUCACAAAGGAUAACACAGACAGCCUGGAGUUGCCCUGCCUGAAUCAUUCAGAGAGCCUGCCCAGCCAGGAUCUGCUGCUGGGACCCAGCGAGAGUAAUGACCGCCUGUCGCAGGGGGCUUACGGGGGCCUCUCAGACCGGCCGUCAGCGUCCUUCUCCCCCAGUUCUGUCUCCAUUGCUGCUUCCCAUUUUGACUCAAUGGAGCUGCUUCCUCCAGAAUUGCCCCCUCGCAUUCCUAUUGAGGAGGGGCCUCCAGCAGGGACAGUUCAUCCCCUCUCCACCCCCUAUCCUCCCCUGGAUACUCCAGAAGCAGCCACAGGGUCCUUCCUGUUCCAGGGGGAGCCAGAGGGAGGUGAGGGGGAUCAGCCCCUCUCAGGAUAUCCUUGGUUCCACGGCAUGCUGUCUCGACUCAAGGCUGCCCAGUUAGUGCUGGAAGGAGGCACUGGCUCCCAUGGUGUCUUCCUGGUACGUCAGAGUGAGACAAGACGUGGUGAAUAUGUCCUCACUUUCAACUUCCAGGGCAAGGCUAAGCACCUGCGUUUGUCACUGAAUGAGGAGGGUCAGUGCCGGGUCCAACAUCUGUGGUUCCAGUCCAUUUUCGAUAUGCUUGAGCACUUCCGGGUGCAUCCCAUCCCUCUGGAGUCUGGAGGCUCCAGUGAUGUUGUCCUUGUCAGCUAUGUGCCCUCCCAGCGGCAGCAGGAACGGAACACCUCCCGUGACCCAACCCAGCCCCCUGAACCCCCUCCAUGGACAGAUCCCCCACAUCCUGGGGCAGAAGAGGCGUCGGGGGCGCCAGAAGUGGCGGCCACCACAGCCGCAGCAGCCAAAGAGAGGCAAGAGAAAGAGAAAGCGGGCGGUGGAGGGAUCCAGGAAGAGCUGGUCCCCGUGGCUGAGCUGGUCCCCAUGGUUGAAUUGGAAGAGGCCAUAGCACCAGGCACUGAGGCCCAGGGUGGUGCUGGCACUGGUGGGGACUUGGGGGUGUCCCUAAUGGUGCAGCUUCAGCAGCUACCACUAGGGGGCAACGGAGAAGAAGGGGGCCACCCCCGAGCCAUUAAUAACCAGUACUCCUUUGUGUGAGAUACCUACCCACCCUCCAUUUUCCUACUCCUAGCCUUAAGUUGUGAGACUGGGCUGGGUAGGGACACCGAGGAAAAUGGGAGUCCCCUCCCCACUUGCUUCCUGACCCUUGUCAGCCAAGGGUGUGUAUGUUGGUACAAGUAGAGGUUCAAGAGCCCUGUUAAGUUCCCAGUUACUACACUACAGGUGCCCUUGCCCCAAGCCAAGGACUUGGGCUCCAUUACCUCCCUAAGGGGCUCUUAUGGUCAGUCCCAUCCUUGGGGGCUAUUUCCCCACUAAUUACCCCCCAACCCAAGCAAGGGUGAGGGGGAAGGGCUGUCAGUUAUAUUAAGGUUGUUGUUGUUGUUUUAAACAAAAUGGAAAAGCAUAAAUAAAUAAAGGGUUUAUCUUAGUUCCAUCA